AUGGACUUUGAUCCGUUAUCUUUAUACACCCCUUCUACAACCAGAGAUGCAACGCAUAUUGACCUUGCUAACCCUCCGUUCAAAGCACAAGGACUAAUUUUGAGCAAACUGCAACCCUCAAACGAAGAGAUCACGAGACAUGGCGAUGGUGAUAAUAUUGAAGAAGAUGAAGAUGAUCUGAUGCUACUUCAUAUCUUGGAUUUGCCUAUGCUACGUCUGCAACCACCCUAUUCUGCUCUUGUAACUAUUUUGAAACUUAUGGCUCCAGAAGAAGUGCUCAAUUUUCAACAGAGUCAACGAGAACAAGAUAUCCAAUCUGAUGAAGAGACAAUCUUCAAUGAAAAAUCAGUUUCACUAGAUCAGAUUGCGAACGCAUUGCCAUGGUUACAAAAUCACUGCCCUCGAUUAAAUACGUCUUCCAAAUUGAGUUUUCUACCACACCUGUCCCUGGGAUUGCGUGCAAAUUUCACAAAUGAAUAUAAUGCAUACAUGACCCGAAUAGUUUCCAACGAACUUUCGUGGAUGAGCGAUACUGAAAAGGAGGAGAUUCACUCUUUGGCUAGUAUGAGGAUAAGUGAAAAUUGUGGACGUAUGGCGCAGCCGCAGCUUAUGAGAAAGAUUCAUCUAGCCAAUCUAGAGCAAUAUGGUAAACAAUACAUCUACUUGAAUGAACCGUCAAUGACAAAUGACAACCUCGGUUUAAAGACAUGGGGGAGUUCGUUAAUCCUCGGGUCCAGGUUGUUACGUGCUGGCAAAGGUAGUUCAAUUUUGAAAGAGCCUGUUCUUGAAUUAGGCUCAGGAACUGGUCUUGUUGGAAUGUGUUGUUCUUUAAUGAGUAUAAAUACCACGCUCACAGAUUUACCACAAAUUGUGCCCAAUUUGCAAAAGAAUAUCGAAUUGAACAAUUUAGAAGGAAAAUCGUUCUGCGUUGAGUUAGACUGGUCGGCACCAGAGAGCUCGCCAGUGUAUGGCAAAACGUUUGCUACUAUAGUAGUAAGUGACCCGGUAUAUUCAAGCCAACAUCCAUACUGGGUCGUCCGUAUGAUUGACCUUUUCCUAAGAAGAAACAGAGGGAGUGACUCAGAUAGUGUGUUGAUAGAGGUUCCUUUACGACCUAAGUUUGAGAAUGAGCGUCAAUUGUUGUGGCAAUUAAUGCUGGACAGAUUUGUCGAGGUGGAUUCCGAAAUUGAAGAUGGGUAUGAUGAUUUUGGGGAGAUGAAAUUUUGUUACAAGAGAUUCAUGCGGAAACUGUAG